CCUUUGUCUUUCAUCAGAAGGAUGUGUCAUAUGACCUGUGCACGGUGUGUGGGGGCCACCCUCAUCCCUCUGGCCGUGUCAGCCACCUUGACAAAUAUCCUUCUCUUCUUUCCCGGAGCUAACAAAAUGGACAACAAUAUACACCUUUCCGAAGAGGUCUGGUAUUUUGGAGGAAUAUUAGGAAGCGGGGUCUUGAUGAUUCUUCCUGCUGUCUCAUUGUUGAAUUCGAAGACUAUUGACUGCAGUGCAAUCUAUGAACAGGAGGAUUGUGGAAAGAAGCUCAAAAUGCUGAACACCAUGAUGUUUCUUGGGACUGGCAUUGUAGGAGCUUUAUAUGCAUUUGCCAUCUCAGUGGUUGCUAUUAUUAGGGGUCCCAAAUGUCUUGUGGGAAACAAUACAUGGGAAUAUCCCUUUCAUGAUGGGAACUAUCUCAAAGACAUAGGAUUGUGGAAUAACUGCAAAGAACCUAUUCAUAUUGUACCCUGGAACUUAUCUUUCUUCUCCAUCCAGCUCAUAAUAAGUGGCAUUCAGAUAUCCCUCUGUGGCACUUAUGUGGCCAAAAUUUGCUGUGAUGUUUCCUGCAAAAAAUGUCGAUGCCCUAAGAUCUUCAGGGGACCCAUCACAGUCAAACCCUCAUAUAUUCUUGCCUGGAUUAUCACAAUAACCUAA